AUCCUUUCAACGCCUUGCUCGGUAGUCUCGCUCCCUCCCGAUACCAGUAGCACACAAUGGGCGAGGUCGUGGAGAGUGAGAUCCCGAACGGCGACGCCGCCAACGGAGAUGGUGCUCCGCCGGAGGAGCCGUCAGCGGAGGCGGGUGAACUGCCCCUCUCGAAGAGCGCGAGGAAGAGGCUGCUGAAGCAGCAGAGACGGGAGGAGAAGAAGGCGGAGAAGAAGAAGGCGGCGAAGGAGGAGAAGCGGAGGAAGGCGGAGGAGAGGCGGAGGGAGUGGCAGGAGAAGAUUUCGUCAGUGGCGACGGAGGAGGAGAGGGCUGCGAUUGAGGAGUCAAGGCUGGCGGCUCGAAGGGAGAGGAUGGAGGCGAGGGCUGGGGAGAGGGAGCGGAAGAGGCAGAAGCUGACAAAGGGAAUGGAGGAAGGGCAGAGGAUUGUCGUCGACCUCGACUUCCCGGGACUCAUGGCGCCUGCGGAGAUCAACAGCCUUAUGCAACAGAUUAUGUAUUGUUAUGCAGUUAAUGGGAGAUGUGACUCACCAUGUCAUCUUUGCCUGACGGGAUGCACUGGCGAAAUCGCAACUCAGUUGCAAAGGCUCCCUGGGUAUGAUAAGUGGUUGAUCCGAAAGGAGAGCAAGCCAUAUCCGGAGGUAUUCCAUGAUCAGAAAGAUAGUUUGGUGUACCUUACAGCAGAUUCAGACAAUGUGCUUGAAGAACUUGACCCAAGCAAAAUCUAUAUUAUUGGGGGAUUAGUUGAUCGAAAUCGAUGGAAAGGAAUAACCAUGAAGAAAGCAAAGGAAGAUGGGAUCAAAACAGCAAAACUUCCCAUCUCAGACUACCUUAAAAUGUCAACAUCCAUGGUCUUGACUGUGAAUCAAGUGGUUGAAAUACUUCUGCGCUUCUUGGAAACCAAAGACUGGAAGAAUUCCUUUUUUCAGGUCAUACCUCAAAGGAAAAGGUGUGAGGCUGAAGGUGAUGAAGAAGAAGAUGAAUAUGAUGGUGAAAUGAAGAAAAUAUGUAUUGAGAAAUCUCCUGAGGAAUUAGAGUGACAUUGUUCAAUCCUCCCUCGAAGGGCAGGGAAACAAUCUCCUCUGAAUCGGGCAGUACCAGAAGACAUUACUCAUCCUUUUAACUGGUAAUGUGAAGGUAAAAACUCAAACCUCAAAUUACCUUCUGACCAGUCCAUGAUGGUAACUGCUUUAUUUGCUUAUUGCGUUGAAGCAGAGGUUUUGACAAAUGAGAUUGAUUUUUUUCGAAUUGUAAAAUGAGAUCAAAUUUUACAGUUUUAACCCUCCUUGGAUAUCUGUUUUCUGUCUCAUUAUCCAGCCAGCAAUUAUUCCUUUCUGAUUCCAGGGAGAUCGGCAAAUGUCAGCUUGUUCACUUCAACCAUUUGAACUUACAUGCAUGUUUAUCAGAGGGCAAAACUAGAGGUGUAACUGUUUGAAAUGUGUCCCAUUGAGAGAAUUUUCAGAAUGCAAAAUCACAUAGUUUCCUGUUUAA